AGCCCUACAUACACGAAAACAAGGGCUACACGUCACUGUCACUCCCGUCGAAGGCGAUUUUCCAGCGCGAACCGCGGCGAUUUUCCUAUUUUCCGCGUUAAUUACAUCUGCCCCGAUAAUUAUGUUCAACUCAAUUACUCAUCCGCUCGUAGUGUUCAAAAACCAGUGAAGUUUUACGCCACCAGAUGUUAAAAUCAUAAAGUUCCUAUGUUAUUAAACACAUAAACAUUCGAGGAGAGGCUUCAACGACAGCCAGGGAAGAUAAAAGAAAAUGUUUAAGAAGCUCAAGGAUAAGAUCGCCGAAGAGGUGAAGAUCUCUCCGCAGCGCAUGCAGCAAUUUCAACAAUUUACACAGUCAAUGACUGACAAAAUACAGCAGGGAUUAGAACAAGGUGCUACCUCACCAGAUGACGGAUUGUUUUCAAUCAGUGAAGAUGAUACGAAGAUGGCGGAUUCGGGGUUUACCAAUGUGCCGCUGCAUGUCUCGACGUCUAAUCCAGAGUUGCCUCAACGAGUACGGCGUAAUUCCAACUCGUCCAUCGCCAGCGAUGUUUCGUUUCUGCCCCGAUAUGAAUCUACAAUGAAUUCAUAUCAUUUACAGUCUGACCUUGACGUGUCCGCCAGUGAAGUAGAAGACAACCUUUCCCAACAGUCUUCAUCACUCGGCCAUGUCAGCAAGGAACAAGUGCACAUGGCCUUCCAAAAGGCCCAAAUGCGCUACCACAAGUACCGUGGCCGCUACACCGACCUCGCCAACCACUACAAAGAACUCGAACGAGAAAAUGCUAAAAUGAAGGCAGUAUUAGUGGAAACGCAAGACAAAGCCAUCCGUCGAGUCUCCGAAUUAAAAGAACAAUGCACUCUAUCACAACGCGCGAAAGCCGAUCUGGAAUCAGCUCUGCGUGUUGAAAUCGAAGAGAAGCUAAUAAUCAUCGACACGCUCAAACAAAAGGUCGACCUGUUGCAAACCAGCGCUGAAAUCAACGGCAAUGACGGUUUAUCCACGCCGUCAACUCCAUCAACCACAGCGUCAACAUCCACCUCCAUUUCUACACCGAUCACAAACGGCAACAAUGGGAAUAUUAGUAAUAAUAACGAUAAUAAUGAGCUACUCAACGACCUAAACGAGAAACUCCAGGAGUAUAAAGCUAGUAGUAUUGUAUCCAAGGAAAAACUCUCAGCUUUACAAAGAGAAUUAGACGAGGCGAAGCAAAUGGUCGCAGAAGUACAAGAAAGAGAAAAGAAUAACAAUUUAAAGUUUGCGAAGAGUAAGUUGGAUUUACAUACGGAGUUGCAGAAUCGUGAGUUGGAGAUAACGAAUUUAAAGCAGGAUUUGGAGACGAUACGUGUGGAUUUAGAGGGGUAUGAGAAGGGUGGUGGGUUGAAGGCGCAGAAUGCGAAUUUGAUUGAUAAGUGCGAGGCGUUGAAGAUGAAGAAUCAUGAGCUGGGUGCGGAAUUACUGAAAACUGAACAGUAUAAGUUGGAAAUUCAGGAUUUAAGGGAGGAAAUUAAGAAAUUAGCGGGUAGUGAAAAAGAUAAUGAAGAAACUAAUCAAUUGAAGUUAAAAUUACUUGAAGUUGAGAAAAAUAAUAUGGAUAAUCUUCAAAAGGUCGAAAAUAAGUACCUGGAAGAAAUUAGGGGUUUAAAAGAUGAAAUUUUAAACUUUGAAGAGGUUAAACAAGAUUUUGAGAAGAGUAAACAAGAGAAUUUGAUGUUGAAGUCCAGUGUGGAGGAAAAUAAUGCGUUGAGGUUGAGGGUGAUUGAUCUUGAGAAAAACAACGAAGAUGUUCUUAAAAAGGUGGAGAAUAAGUACACACAAGAAAUACAAGCUUUAAAAGAUGAAAUUGUGAGGUUAGAAGAGGUUAAACAACAAUUUGAGAGUGUCAAGGAAGAAAACCAGCUAUUAAAGAGUGGGAUGGAUGAAAAUAAUGAUUUAAAGUUAAAGUUAACCGAAAUAGAGAAAAACAAUGUUCUGAAGCUUGAAAACAUUGAAUCGCAGUAUAAAGAAGAAAUUAAGGGUUUAAAACAUAAGAAUGAGUUAUUAACUAAUGAAUUAGAAGAAAAUGAACAGUUGAAGUUAAAAUUGCUUGAAGUUGAGAAUAAUAACACUGAUAAACUUAAAGAGGUAGAAAAUAGCUACAGUAAAGAAAUUCAAGCUUUAAAAGAUGAAAUUGUGAAGUUUGAAGAGAUAAAGCAGCAAUUUGAGGUUAUCAAACAAGAAAAUGAAGUUUUGCAGAGCCAAAAAGAAGAAAAUAAUGAGUUAAAGUUAAAAUUAACAGAAAACGAGAAAAACAAUGUUUUGAAACUAGAAAAUCUAGAAACAAAAUAUAAAGACGAAAUAAAAGCUUUAAAACAUGAAAUUGAGAGAUUCAACGAGGUGAAAACACAAUUUGAAAGUGUUAAACACGAAAAUGGGUUGUUAAAGAACGAAAUAGAAGAAAACAAACAAUUAAAGUUAAAACUAAACGAAAUUGAAACCAACAACGUAACUAAACUUAAACAGAUUGAAACUACCUACCAACUUGAAAUUCAAGCUUUAAACGAUGAAAUCACCAAGUUAAAUGAAAUUAAACAACAAAUCGAGAGCAUUAAACAAGAAAAUCAGCUAUUAAAGAAUACAGUAGAUGAAAACAAUGAAUUAAAGUUAAAACUAACCCAACUCGAGAAAAGUAAUGAAACUAUGACUAAAACACACUCAGAACAAAUCAAAACCCUCCAGGAAGAAACAAAACACUCACUUGUUUCACUCCAAGAAAAGAUCCGCAACACCCUCCUCUCUGAAUACCAACAGAAGGAAGAAACACUCAAACAAGACUUCGAAGUAAAACUACAGCAGUUGAACCAACAAGGUGAUUCACUGAAACAAACGCAGAUUAAACUAAUGCAGGCGGAGGAUGCGUUGAGAAUCUAUGAAUCUACCAGCAAAGAAAACGAAGAGAGUAUAAGUGUACUCAACGAGAAAAACACACAACUAGAGAAAAAUUAUGUAGUGUUAAUGGAUGAAAACAAUGGUAGGCAGAAUGAAAUCGCCGGGCUGAAACAACAACUCGAGAAUAAAGAUAAAAAGUGUAAAAGUCUCGAAGAUGAGAAAAAACUACUCCAGCAGGAAACAAAGAAACUAGAAGGUGAAUUAACACAAAAGAUUUUAAGGUUAAAGGAAGAGAUAAAGGUCCUACUUGAUGAGGAAGAACAAAAACGUUUACAAGUGCAAAAUCAACUUGAAAACACCGAAGAAAAGUUACAAGAAGAGAAAAAAGCAUUAAAAGAUAAAAUAAAUGAAUUAGAGGUUAUGUUAAGUGAGAGUAAACAAAAUGGCGAUGAAGUAAAUGACUUAAAAGCUCAGUUAGAAGAUAAAAACCAUGAAAUAACAAAGUUAAAAGAAACUCACACGGAAAAUAUGACUAUUUUACAAAACCAAUUGAAAGAAUUGAGUGAAAUGAAAAACACAGCGCAAACAAGAUGGCAGACGGAGAAACAAGGCUUAAUUACACAACUAGAAGAGUUCACAGAGCAACAAGACAAAAUAAACCAAGAAAAACAAUCAUUACAAGCGAGGAAUACACAGUUAUCCAGCGAUAACAAACGCCUCAUGGACGAAAACGACAAACUACUCUCGGAAUCCUCCGAUAUUAUGCUGCAAUUAGCCACGAAAAUCACCAACACUGACGCUGAAGUCGCUGAAAAACUCGCUGAUGUCUCCACGAAAUACUCUCUAGCUUUAGACGAUGCAAAACUAGCCAGAGAAGAGCUAGAAACCUUUAAAAAACAAUCUUCGCAGCUACAAUACGAAAAACAAAUCGCUGAUUUGGACAAACACGUCAGUGAACUGGAACAGGAACGACAAUUCCUCAAAGAUGAAAUCGACGAGCUUAAAACAACGCCUAUUAAUAUAACAACAACUUCACUGAGUGAAAAAGAUGUUGAGUCACUGCAAGCGAAACUUGCGCAGUACAAAAGUAUUGAUGUGACUAAUCGUAGUUCAAUUGAAUUUUAUGAGAAUGAGCUGCAAAAACUACAGUCGAAGAAUGAGAAGCUCAAUAGGAAGCUGGAUGAGACUUUGGUUACGCUGAAUCAUUGUGCUGAUUUGUCUGCGAGCACUGAAGUGGAGUAUUUAAAGAAUGUGCUGUAUAAUUAUAUGCUGGGGAAGGAGAGUGUGGUGCUGGCGAGGGUGAUUGCAGCGGUUUGUAAGUUUGAUAGACAACAGACUGAGACUGUGAUGAAGCAUGAACAACACAAACAGAGUUUGUUGGGACAACUUGGAAUUCUCUAGCAUUUCGCCCUGAGCGCCGAAAGAAAGAAGCAAGUAUGACCACGCGGAAACGCACCGGAUAACACCGCCGGCCAUUUUGAAUCUUGGCGUCAUCAUGCGCAUCGCGCAUCGCAGUGUUGCCAACCUAACUUAACCCAACAUAAAAACCCUCCACAAGGACUUAUUAACAAACAAAAAAAAACGUUAAAAACGUAACCAAAUGAAACAAUUUCACACGUGUGCUAAUGUUGUUCACCAUAUUUAUCGAUACUUUCAAUGGGAAAUGUGCAUUUAAUGACUUACUGACUUAAAACAAAAGCUUAAUGAUAUUGUUUUGUACAUAGAGUGUAAAAUGUCGAGGAAAGUAAUUUAUAGCGAGCAAAUUAUGAAUACGCAGUGUUAUAACUUAUAAGUAAAUAAUAUAAAUGAUGUAAAGUGUA